AUGAUGAAAGAAUCAGAAGUUGUCAAAUACAUAACUAAUAUUGAAAGAUGAUUAUAUUAUGCAUGCAUUAUAGUCAUUUGUGGGAUUGUUUUCCCGUCGGUUAGCAUUGUUGUUCGGAGCGUCAAAACCAAGUUGUGUCUUCAUCAGCAUCGCUCUCUUAACUUUUCUACUUCUAGCAGAAUGUAAUUGAAUGUCUCCAAUUCUCAAUUGAUAACUGCAGAGUAAACAAAUGCACCAUUUGGUUUAGGUUUCUAUAAUGAGAUGAUUGAUUACCCUGUUGUGCCUAAUUAAGUAUAUUUUAAUUGUAUUAGAGACAACCAAUUUAUAGAACUUGAGAAAUCAAUCCUGGAAUUAAACAGCAAAGGAAGCAAAAUGCAGAAAGAGAGGGGGUAUAUGACCUUUUGAAAAGUGAAGGAGUAACAUUCAUCACAAACAACACUUUGAGGCCUCGAAUUCUUGAGCAUGAAAAGAACAAAAGAAACCGAAUAGAAUGAGAAAAAAUGACCGAAUAACUCACAUAAUAUAAAUGCACAUGUGACAAUCAUUCAUGACUUAUCUUCUAGUUUUGGCAGAUGACGACGAUCUCUUACUGGAGAAAGAAGGAAUUUUUUAAUCUGUCAAAAAUUAUCAAUCUGUCUGCCAUCCGUGAAUCACACUUCCAUCGUAUGUAUUGUGAUUCUCAAACAUCAAUUGGCCUUGGAUUGCCAGAGAAGUAUGUUACUAUUUGGGACCUGGAGUCGAGUCUGACGAAGCAUCUUGUUCGACCGCAGAUCCCCAAAAGAUGGAAGAAGGAGAGCAUAUAGACAAACCGAUUGAGAGCAGAGACAGACAAAGAGCCACAACUAUAUACAUAGGAUCGCCUCUGAUUGGACUCAUCAAGAUUGCUCGUUGCUUUGUUGGGGAAGGCUCAAAGUAUUGGUAACGGAGGAUGCGUUGCGUCGACGAUGGAGUUGCUUCUUCCAGGUUUUGUCACGGCCUCGCAGGGAUGAAAAAGGUCGGAGAUUAGAGAAGGAACUGCCAGCACCAAUGGUUGUGCUGUGACUUGUGAAGUUAAGGGGUUAAAAACUGGCUGGAUUUCUUUUCCUGUAGAGAGGAUUUAUAUAGCGAUGACAUAGACAUGCUAACUUUUGAGGAAGGCGUAUGUGGAUAUGGGCCAAAUCUCAAAAUGCUUUACUAUUUUUUAAGAUUUCAUGUCAUAUGUGACGUCUGUUUGGCAUCACGUCGAAAUUUCACCCGCCAAUUUUACUCAUUGGAAAUUUUUGCCCGCCAAAAAUCUUCCCUCCUUGUCUUCUUUCCAUUUUACCUCCUUUGCGUCCUUUUCCUUUCCAUUUUUCGGUGUGAUUCCCUCCUAUAUUCCCCAAAAAAGUUUCGGGGUCGUUUGGAUGGGACAUUCUCAAAAUGAGGUAAUUUGAGACAAAAUUCUCAUUUUAGAAAAUGAGCUAAUUGUAUGAGUAAAUGUUUACAUAAUUGUCUUGUUUGGCUUGUGAUUUGGCAUGAGACAAUUGUGAUGAGACAUUUUAUGAAAAUACAUAUUUGCUCUCAUUCUUUUACCCUUCUCUAUCUUGGGAAAGGAAGAAAGAAAAAAGAAAUUAAAUAAAAGGGGUCAUAAUGGGAAAAGUGACCCACAAAAUGGAGAAAUGUAGAUUACCUCCCUCCCAUCCAAGUAAUUGACAUUGACCCAUAAUGAAGCAAUUUCAAUUGCCUCAUGUCCAAUUGCCUCAUUCUUACUUUUUGCAUCCAAACGUGGUAAUUUGGCCCAAUUGUCUCAUUUUGAGUCAAUUGGGGCACAUUGACUCAUCACUUUGAUCCAUCCAAACAACCUUCAUUAAUUGAAACUAGAUGACAAAUGACAAAUCCCAUACCAUUAGUUUCUAUUUUUUAGUUUAGUGCACGGUUCAUGAAAUCGUAUCAUACUUGCGGUUCAACUACAAAAUACCAGUAUUAGAGGCUAAACCAAUAGACGAUAUUUAACGAUACUAAUGAUUGAACUACGAUUAAACCACGUUUUUGCCAUAACAUACGUAUUGCUUACUUUUCCGAUAUGAUUUCCGGUACGAUUUUUCGGAGUAUGGUUCAGUGCCCUUUGUGUACCAAACAAUAAGGGAAUGGAAGGAUCAUAUCACGUUUACAAAGAUUUAAGAUUAUCAUCUCUGAUUUUGUCAUUGAUGAUUCGUGUUUGAACGAAACAGCUACAAAAUCAUAAGUUUUCUAUCUUUCAUAUGGUUGAUUCAUUCAUUGGUGAAAUUCAAGAGUGCGAUAAGAGAUGAACUUUGAUACAAACAACUUCAACUGACACAGACAUAACUUUAACGUUUGUUUAUCAUCCAGUGAGUCAAUUAAGUCUGCCUUUGUACCAAACUACAGUGAUAUGAUCCAGCCAUAAGCCACUUCAUUGUUCCUAUUUGUGCUUGAUAAGUGAUAACCUCUCAAAUAAGUGCUCUGUAUAUAGUUUGUCUAUUGCUGGUUUUGUAAUAAUCAUGAAAAGUGUCAAGCUUGGGCUUCUGAAAUUGCAGUAUAUUUCUUAAACUAGGUGUAUUGCCUUGGUCAUAUAUAAGAUGAAUUAUAAAAUAGAAUAAGACUUAACAUGAUAUUUGUAAAUUUGCAUGCAUUGAAAAUACUCAGUGGAAGCAUAAUAAUGUGGUAUACAUCAAAAUUAGGCAGUAUUAUUCAUGCUUAAUUUUAGUGACAAUGACCGAGUUUCCUUGCUCAGGUUUGAUCUUUUGUUGUUUUAACUUUUAAGGGCAUGGUUUUGGACUUUUGGUCCAUCAACCAUACAGAGAACGGUAGCUUCACAGUUGGGGGUCGAUUCUUCACUUUGUUGGGAAUUGGUUCUUGGUGGAUUUGAUUGAGAUGAAAGUCGACUCGACUGCUUGGCGGAAUGUAGAGAUCCAGAAAUGAGGAAGGGAGAUUUUGCAGUCACCAGUAGACUGUUCGCCAGGCCUGGUAUUUGAUGGAGAAGAUUACAAAAUGAUGGCUCAGUAGCAGACGAAUGUAUUGGGUUUGAUUUAUUAUUUAGUUUGUUCUUGAAUCAUAUCGUAACUGAAAGAUCUGAACUUGAAUAAGACAUUUGCUACUUUAGUUUGUUCUUUCAAUUCAAGGAUUGUCAUAAAAAAGGGAUGAAAAGGAAAGCGGCCGCCUCAUUAAUGAAAACAUGGUGAUAAAGUUCUGCGAUACGCUGGAAUUCUGUGGUCUUAUGGACUGCGGCUUUUAGGGAUACCCCUACACUUGGGACAAUGGCCGAGGGGGUUCCAGCUUCAUAGAAGAAAGACUGGAUAGAUGUCUGGUAAACUGGGACUGGCAAUUACAGUUUCCUAAUCACAAAGUCAUUCACCUGGACCGGUGUGGUUCGGAUCACUGUCCUAUACUUAUGAUCACGAAGGAUAAUGUUAAACUGACACAAUUACACAAUAGUUCAUGGUCAUUGCAGGAUUUCACAAUUAAUUUUAAGGUUAAGUAAAUAGGUUGAUAGUAUAAGUGUGGUACACUUGGGGUUUGGACGAACUGAUGCAUUAAUGGUGUUGUUGAAAGUUUAAUUCAGUUUUUGAUUCAAUGGAGGCUUUUAAGCCAAUAAAAGAGUUACAUUAUAGGAGAGCCAAGUAUAAACAAAACUAUUAACAGUGGACUAAAACACUUCAACUCACUUCGACCAAUGCAACAAGUUCUAAUUGUAAUCGUGAACUUGGAGCCUCCCAUCGCAAAAGUCAGCAAGUAAUGAAUGAUGUAAAUCAAACCGUUGCCUACAUGUCCACUACAAAGCGCCGACUAAAUAUCUAUGUUCUUUAUUAAUGAAGUAUCACUUCCCCCUAUAGCAUGUGGUAGAAUGAAUCAGGACAUAUCAUUCAUUGUAAUUAAGCUCACAUUAACUUUUGCCAAGUCUUCAUACUACACUUUCUAAAUUGGAUAGAAGUUUCAAACGAUGUUGGUUAUUUGGAGUUACUUAUGUUGUUAGUGUUGUGCAUGUCAACACUAGACAAUUUUGAGAAAACUAUUGUGAAAGAAACCAUCGAAAUGAUUGUAGAUAUAUAGGGUAUAAAACAAUUCCUACAGUCCUACUAUUUAUUCAAUCAAAGAUCACAUUGUAUGGUUGUAAAUCCAACUAUUUACUUCAAAAUCAUAUCCAAUUUCCUAAAGGCUAAUGAAAUUAAUUAAGAAGUUAAUUAUGAUCCUAAGUACAUCCAAUUCAAGGUAAUGUAGAAUUCCACUCAUAUCACUAAUGACGCGUAACUCAAUUUAAGAUAUAUUCUUCUUAUUGUUAAUCUAUUUUCUUUUAAGAACUCGCCGCGGAGCGCGGGCUAAUUUUCUAGUAACAAUAAAAAGCCCUUCGAUCAUUGAUCAUAGAAAAACUCCACUGAUUUUCUUCAUGGAACAAUUUAUGACCAAAUUUUUAACUUUUGGAUUAAUUUAAUGUAGAGACUAAAUGAUACUUUUAGGUUCAUGUCUAGGGCUGCAAAUGAGCCGAUUCAAGUCGAGUUUUACCCCAGGUUGAUCUUGGCUUGUGAAUGAACGAGCUGAGCUCGGGCUCGAGCCAUAUAUUAACGAGCUAAGUCAAGUUGAGCUCGAGAUAGGCUUGUUUACUAAAAUCUUUAUUUGACACUUCAUUUUGAAUGUCAUGUAUGAUUCAUGUGAUUAACUAAUCUCAUAUUAUCCUUUGUUGGCAACAUAUUAUGUAGUUAAUAAAUUUUAACUAGUCGAAAUCGUGUUAUUUAACAAUAUCGAAGCAAUCUGUGAUAUAAAGUUUCUUUUAAAAUAAAAAAAUAAUAUCUAUUUGCUCACAUACUAAGCGUGUUAAACUUCAUAUAGAGUGAGAUAUAUAAUUUAACAAUCUUAUGAAUUAAAUUCAUUAAAUAUAUAUCGAUUCGCCCAUAAGUAGGUAAUCGAGUUGGCUCUCUAGCCAUAAUGUGUGACAUCUCAUGAGCUCUUUAUGAUUAUGAGCCAUCUCACGAGUUUAGCUCAACAGACAACAGGCCACCGAGUUCUAUGGGUUGUUGGGGGGUUCAGGGUUCUCUUUGUGGCCCCUUUUGACAGGGACGGUUCGCUGUAUGGGAUUGGGUGGAAUGGGUCGGAUUAUGAAUAAUCUGUUGGUACAGAAAGUGUCAGGUGAGCUUUGUUAGAAGCACUGGUGGUUGUUCGUUUUCCAUUUCCACACUUUUGUAUUCUGGUUUUGGUUGUGGGUUCUGUUUCACUUCUAAUAUUUCUGUUCUGUUUGAGAUCGAAGCUCGAGGUGUCAGUACUAUGAGUUUAUGUUUUCUCACGGAGGCAUUGAUGGAAAGCUUUCAGUAAUCAAUGGGUUCUUCAAUUGGGCCCUGUACAGAAACAGGUCUCAUUCAAUGCUGCAAUCCGAGUUACCAACAUGUGAUUAUGAUGUGGUGGAAGUCGUCGAGAGAAAUGAUCUACAGAUCAGGGUCUUGCAUCUGGAGCGUGUGAAAGGUUUCAACUCGGUUUUCAGAGCUCAAGCAGAGAAGGAGGGAUCAGCUGUUGUGGUGAAUUCGGUUCUCCCACCAGAUCCCUGCAGCUUGAGAGGGUUAUGGGAACUUGAUAUAGCAGCAUUCCAGUUCGCUAUUUUAGUUGACAGCAUUUCAUUUAGUCACCCAGCAAUGGUGGCAAUUGAUGGUUUCUACUCAAGCGGUUGCCUUCUUUUGUUUUAGGGUAAUUGUAGGAUUUUCGUUUUAAACUUAAAUAUGAUUAGCACUUUCCAUUGUAAACCUAAUUUGUGGCUGUAGCAGGACUAUGGGAUGAAGAGGGAGCGGAUAUGGUGACAACACCAUAUUUGUUGUCAUUGUAACAACACUAGUCUCCAACCAAUAGGAAGCUAGGGUUGUGAUGACUUUCUAUUAGUUUAGUUGACCUAGUGUAAAAUCAAAACAGGGGUAUAAUUGUCAUUAUGAAAAUAUGUUUAAAUAAUAAUAAAAAAUAGGAAUUCUGCCACAGGUCGCCGGAAACUGGUCAUCGGAAUAUGCUUUUUGUCGUCGGAAUAUGCUUACCGGCAUCAGAAUCUAGUCAUCGGGGCCGAAAUAUGCCUAUCGGCGCCGGAAUCCGGUCAUUGAUGCUCAUUGGAGUUUGGUCAACGGUCAACGAUCACCUGAUGUUAUGGUAUGCAUUGUGAGAUUUAUGGUUUGGUUUCUCAUAUUUUUUGUAUGCAUUUUGUGGUUUGCUUUUUCGUGUUUCUGAUUUGCAUUAAGAAGUUUCUGGCGUGCUUUCGAAAAAAAUUGGUUUGCUUUGUGGGGUUUCUGGUUUGUUUUAAUAGAUUUUUGGUCUGCAUUAGGAAGUUUCUAGUUUAUUUUUGUGGUUUGCUUUAUCGUGUUUCUGGUUUGCAUUAUGAGGUUUUUAGUGUGCUUUUGAAAAUUUUGUGGUUUGCUUUGUGAGGUUUCUGGUUUGUUUUAAUAGAUUUUUGGUCUGCAU